UUUAAAUUUAGUAUAAAUAUAUUAGAAGUAACUGCAAUGGCAUAUAACGCAAAAAUGGGAUACGGGGAUUCUGGAAAAGCCCCAAUUCAGAGGAAGGUCUUUGAAAAACCAGGCCUUACAGAGGAUGAAAUUGAGGAAAUCAGAGAGGCCUUCAACCUAUUCGAUACUGAUGGUUCGGGAACUAUAGACCCAAAGGAACUAAAAGCGGCAAUGGAGAGUUUAGGCUUUGAGAAUAAAAAUCCAACUAUCUAUCAAAUGAUUGCUGAUUUGGAUACUUCUGGGAGUUCUUCAGGGAUUGACUUUGACCAAUUUUUAGAUGCAAUUACAACCAGAUUGGGCAAUAGAGAAACCAAAGAAGGAAUUUAUAGAAUCUUCCAACUUUUUGAUGAUGAUAAUUCAAAUUCAAUUAAUCUGACUAAUCUCAGAAGAGUUUCUAAAGAGCUUGGGGAGACUAUGGGGAUGGAUGAACUCAGGGAAAUGCUAGAAAGAGCAGCAUCAAAUGGAGAGGAGAUCUCUUUUGAUGAUUUCUACUUCAUCAUGACUAAGAAAACCUUUGCAUAG